CACAACCAUUUGAACCAUUUGAACCGUUUGAAGCGCAAGCGUUUAAUGGUUUAAUGUCGGGUCAGCUGUCGAAAUCAUGCACAAUCAUGCAGGAUCCCGUCUCAAACCCAAAUAUUGAAGAGGCCACUUAUGAUAGUGACAAAAAUCCUCAUGGAAGAUGUACUUCAUCAUUAUAUGAAGAUGAUGUAAAAGUUAUGGAAGUGAACGAAAAAAACCUGGCCUCAUCAUAUCAAGAUUCUGAGUACACGCGAUCUUCUGAUGGUUCACAAUAUUCAGUUGGACGUAGUAAGGAUAGUCCUAUGGAAAAUAUUUCACCUUCCGAUAUCUUAUCAAAUAAUCAGGCGAAUGGAGUCCGUUGGCGUCAUUGUGUAAACAAUGGUCAAGAGAUGUACAUUAACGAAGCAACUAAUGAGAAAUGGGUUCCAGCAACUGAUCAAUAUGGAAAAACAUAUUAUUAUGAACUAAACACUCGUCAUUCCGUAUGGGCACUUGAAGAUUUAGAAACAUCACCUACAGACGCGCCACAUUCAUCCGACUCAUUGAAUAAUUAUUUAGAUAUUAAUGAACCGAAUGCUUCCAAGGAAGCUUUUGACUGUUCAGUAUUUGAAGAUGAUAAUAAUGGUUCUUAUGUUGAUCAGUAUCCAUCUGUAUCUAGAAUGUCAAGUAUCAGUAAAGUUAAUCGGAGAACAAUGAGUCAAUCUAAAGUGUCUCAUCGAAGUUCACAUAUACCUUCUGAAGUUUGUUCAACACAAGUUAUCAAUCGACCUUUCAGUUUAGUCAGUCUUGAUGAUCAAGAUCAAGGAGCAGGUGGACGUUUUCAGAUGAAGAAUCUAAGCAAAGAACAUAUCAGUGGACCAAGUGAAAAUAAACUUACGCACUUUGAACGACGUGGUGCAGUUAUUCGUACAAUGUUAAUUGAAAAUGGCAAACGUAUAUCAAAAAAAUGGAUACCAGGUGUAUUACAUCUUAGUGGUCCAUUACUUUUUUUAUACAAAGAUAAUAAGCCUUCGUUACCUAAAAUACAUCAACCACUUGGUAAACCUGAUGUUCAAUUCAACAUUAGAGAGGUAAAGGUUAGCGAAGCAAACGGUGAACAAACAUCAAGAAAGAAUGUGCUCAAAAUUGAAUGUGAAACUGCUGGAAAGUUGAAUGUUCAUUUAGUACAAAUCCCAGCCAUCGAUUAUGAAUCGUGGAAAGCUGCAAUACGAUAUGCGAAGGAUCUUUUGAAUGAAGAUCAUGGAGUCACGUUAGGACGUUCAUUAACCAGAUAUGAUUCUGGACAACCUUCUGUGCUCGAUAAAAAAUUGUUGGUUAAAUUGCGUGAUUUUUUUAGAACAAGACCAACUGCUGCAUCCCUACGAUCUCGCGGUAUUUUAAAGAAUGAAUCUGUAUUUGCAUCUACAAUCAUGCAAAUAUGUGAGAAUGAAGAUUCUGAUGUACCUAAUUUUAUUGUUCGUGCAAUUCGUGCUAUUGAAGCUCGAGGACUUGAUCAUGUUGGGAUUUAUCGAUCAAGCGGAAAUGGUGCUACAAUCCAAAAACUUCGCUGUGCCGUUAAUCAAUAUAACUACAGUUUAAAUUCUGAAAAAUGGAGUUUAGAAGUAUUAACAGGGGCAUUAAAAUUAUUUUUUCGUGAACUUAAAGAACCACUUAUAACAUUCAAAAUAUAUCCAGAAGUUGAUCAACUAUUGGGUGAUAAUGAUAUAGCGCCAGAUUUAAAAGUGAUUAGAAUGCGAGAAUUGAUCAAUUCUAUGCCUGUCCCACAUAUCAACACAUCUCGAAUAUUUUUUCAUCAUUUGUACAGGAAUUACGUUUUUUCAAAGGAAUUCUCAAUAUAGUACAAACGUGAAAAUCGAUUGUGAUUUAGGAUUAUAAAUUAUAUAUAUUACAACAUAGCUUAUCUACUUUCUUCAAGUUUUUCCCAAAUUCUUGUCUUUUCUCUCUCACUCCUCAAUCACAUGAUAUUUCCAUUGUUCAAAUGUUGUGCGGACUAGUCGCCCAGAUCCCUACCGUAUUAGGAGACAUCUUCCAAACGUUCUUAAUUCGGAAUAGUCUCUCAAAAUAGAACUGUAAACAAUCGACAUAGACCAAGGUCUUUUUGUAGUUGCCACUAUAUCAGCAAGAGCCUAUCUGCAAACUUAAGAGGACUAGUGCAACAAUAGCAUACUGACCCAUGACACGCAUCAUCGGUUAUAGUUGUUAGCAUCCAGCUAUGCAAGCCGCCAUUGAUAUCCCAUACGCAUGUGACCGACCACUUGUAAUGUUAUGUAUUGCUGUUGUGUGGUGUUGCGUUCUUAAAGCAAGGAAAAACGAAUGCACUACCGCAUCCGCGAAUAAUUUCGAACCAUAUGAAAUAACAGUAUUCAUCUAGAGGUUCGAUUUACAAUUAAUAACUUCUUGUACAUUGCUUGGAAAUAGAACUCUAUGUAGGUUUUAAAUCAUCCUCAUGAAACCACUCAGUCAAAAAUUGCUUGUGCCACUACCGAAUGAAAUUCACUCCAAAUGUUUCUUUGUCGUCGUCACGUUAUUUCCUUAAAAUCAAGGAUAUCAAGAUUUCCAGAUUAUUCAAACAUCCACAAAUUGAAUUCUAAACAUAUAACUUCAGGUGAAUUAAGUCAACAGGAAUAAGUGUUUUAUGCAUUUUUCAAAACAAUACACAUUCUAAAAAGGAUUUUAAAGAUUCCAGCUGGUGAAAGUUAAAGUAUCAACUUCAAAAGUUGUUACAUGGUAUUUGGAGAUCAAGAACACUAUUUCAGACUGACCAGUUAUAUCUCAUCCAUAUGAAGUGAGAGUUGAAGAGUUCUUAGAGAUGAGUGAAGUCAAAGAGAAAAUCGAUAAGUUUGAGUACAUUAUUGGUGACUUGGAGAUUAUUCCAUUGUAUUUUAAUCGAAGCUCUUUAACUACCCAUACUAGAAUAGUGUCUUAUCGAUAUACUCACAGAGGAAAUAAGGUAACAUUGAUUUAUUUAGUUCUUGGUCAUAACGCGUAUAAACAUAGAAUCCUUUAUUUACAUUAAAAGUUGAGGGUUGUUUAAAUAAGCUUGCACAUAACUUUCUUAAAAUCUGUUUUCAAUAAACUUCAUUUCUUUGUAUUGUACUUUUUCAUUUGUUAGAGUAAUGCAAUUGUCCAGUAUCAACCAAAUGCAUUCUUACAAUUUGGCUAUUGUUUUCGGACCUAGUUUAAUUUGGCCAGAAGUAGAGUCUGUCGCAUAUAGAGCACUUAAGUCUGUACAGGUCCCAUGUAUAGAAUAUUUGCUUACACAUGUAGAGGAAAUAUUCGGACCAGUAACCCCACCGCCAGUUAUUUCAUAAGUCCAUACAUGGAUAUAAAUACUGUUUCUAAUAUUUUAUAUGAAUAAUAGGUUAAGUCCAACCAUUUUUUAAAUACAAACACAACGCAUUGCUCAAAAUCUACUUGUUUGUCUCCGAUCCAAUUAUCAUUAUCAGCUUUAGAGUUAUCAUCAAAUAUUUUUGAUCUCUUAUAAUGUUUUUCAAGUCCAUAUUGUCACAACACAUGUAUAGUGUGUAAUCUUUUGCCUUUUUUUAAAAAAAGCACGCACCGAGUAGUAAUUUUGCAAUUCUAUAUAUUGUAACUUUCCUUAAAUUUAUUUGCUUUCUAGUAAGCACUUUUGUUUGCAAUAAACAUCACUUUAUACUUGCUAAAAUAAUUGCAAAAAUGUGAUACAAAAUAACACUCAGCACUGUAAAUUUUUGUUGUUUUCUACUACAUUGUUAGGGUUUGAAUGAUUUCAACGAAUAUCUUCUGUCCAUAGUUUUCGUUUUGUUUAAAUUGAUUCAUUUGUUUUACUAGUCAUUUUAACAAUUUUUAUAGUGUUCUUGUUAUAGUUGGUGAGGCAGGAUUUCAGAUUGAAAUCAAUAGGUAAAAUGUUAAACGAUAGGUGAACAGAACGAUAUGAUGUGGUUAAGUGAUGGCCACUCACAAGACUGUAUUAUUGACUUAAUUCCAUGAAUAGUUAGAAAUCAGAAACAAGACCACUAAGCAGAUGUAGUGAAACAUGUUCAUAUACAGCAAAUGAACACAAGGUAAACAUGAUGAAAUGUCAGGCGAUUUGGAAAAAAAUAGUUUGGUUAGGUCACCUAUUCUUCAAUUAGUUGAAAGUUUGGCCUCAUUCCUGGGCUUUGCAUCAGACCUUGUUCAAAGUAAUUUCCGUUUUUCUCUUACGCCAAUUGUACUAGUUACCGAUAGAACAUAGUGCUUGUGUAUUUCAGAAAUAUUAAACUAUUAGUUAGGCGUAAGUUGUAAAUUCGCGCAUCAUAUCACCUAUUUCGGUUUGACCAAACGGGUGUGGCCCGAAUCCGAAUAGUUUUACCUUAUAUUUGGCGAAUGAAUUAUAUUUACAAACACUAAAUAAUCUAAAUACUGUUUAGAAAAGAAUUCACUUUGAAAGAACUAGAUCAAUUUUAAACUAUCAACUACCUGCUCUUCCAAGAAUAUCAGGAUGACAUAAUCAUAUUGUUGUUUCUGCAUGGAUUUUACUGAUUAUUAGGGUGUUCGGCUGAAAAAAAAUCAUGGACUGUAAUAAAAUAAAAUUUCAAAUGGCUACUGGUUUUUCCGUUUCCACUGACAUACGUUGACAUCCAACUCAUCGUACCUAAGCAUUACUUUGUUAUCUCUUUAUUGACCAAUUAAUUAGUUUCCAAGUUAUUUAGAACUCCAUAGCUUAUUUUUAUAGAC